AUGUCAGGUUCUAGCGGCCCGCCUUCCUGGCUCUUCUCCAACAACACCAGCAACACCGCCAAAGCGACAACAACACCCAGUACUGCCACCAAGGCGUCCAAAAAAGCCGAUAAAAUGGCCAAGAAAAGCUCCAAGGCGGCCUCUUCCUCCAAGGGAGAGGUCGCUUCUGCACCUCCCGCCGAACUCUUAAACCUCGUCGGGAGUUUCCUCAACGAACACUCCUUCACCAAAGCCCACACCGCUUUCCAGAAAGAAGUUGAGAAGAAUGGCUGGGCGUCUGCUGCCUCGAAAGAGAGCGACAACUCCCUGGUUUCGAUUUUCAAGACCUGGGAGAGCGGUCAGACCAGCAAGGUAGAAUCGGAGGACGAGUCUGAGGAUGAGUCCAGCGACGAGUCUAGCGAUGAAUCGAGCAGCUCCAGCGAAAGUGAGAGCAGUGAUAGCGACAGCGACAGCGAAAGUGAAAGCGAAAGCGAAAAAGAAACUACUUCGACUGUUAAGAAAGGCACCGGCGAGAACAAAAACCUGAAGCGCAAGGCGCCCGCCGAUUCUAGCUCCUCCAACUCUUCUGACUCUAGCGAUUCGGACUCUGACUCAAGCUCAGACUCAGAUGAUGAACCUCGCACAAAGAAGCAGAAGACCGCCAAGGCGGCCAAGACUAAAGCUGAUUCUGACAGCUCCGAUUCCGACAGCGAUUCCAGCGACGACGGCAAAAUGGAUGUUGACAAAGCCUCGUCCUCCGACUCUUCUUCUGAUAGCGACAGCUCGUCCGACUCUGACAGCGAUAGUGACAGUGAUGGUGAAGCUGAGGCUGCAGCGGCAGCCAAGGUGGCUCUUCCUGAGUCCGAUUCGUCCUCCGAUUCAUCCUCGUCUGACUCUGAUUCCGACUCUGACUCCGACUCAGACAAGGGCAAGUCCAAGAAGAAGGGCUCGACGCGUAAGGACUCGUCCGAUACCUCCGUAACUCUGGACAAUCAGUCUCCUGUUCCCAAACCAGAGGUUGAAGAUCCACCUCUGCCUCCUAAUCCAGUCAUCAAAGAGCGCAAGAAGCAGAAUGAGCCAUUCUCCCGUAUCCCCAAGAACAUCAAGGUGGACCCUCGAUUCGCUUCAAACGAAUACGUAUCAAUGAGCUACUCGCAGCGGGCUCAUGAAGACCUCAUUGUUACCAAAGGGAAGGGCUUCACGAAGGAGAAGAACAAGAAGAAGAAGGGCAGCUUCCGAGGCGGCAUGAUUGACAUUGGCCAGAAGAAGGGCGUGUAUUUCGACGACUAG